AAGUUUGCUUUCUACCUUGAGGCCUAUAGUGUCUCAUUUUUGACAAAUAAGGAAGAAGUAAUUCCUUCCAAUCAAGCCAAAUGUGUGCCUUUUCAAAACUAUUGUCACUGAAGUCUAGUUUGUGUGGAUUGAAAAGGCUUCAAGAGUUGGAUCUCAGCCAAAAUAGUUUUGAAGGGACACUUCCUCCAUGCCUAAACAAUUUGACAUCUCUUAAAGUUUUAGACAUCUCUAACAACCUCUUCAUUGAAAACCUUUCCUCAGAUUUGAUACGAAGACUCCCAUCAUCCCUUGAAUUUGUUGAUCUUCGUCAUAACAAUUUCCAAGGCUUAUUCUCCUUUAAUUAUGUUGAAAAUCAUUCCAAGCUUGAGGUAUUCAUGCUCACAGGCAACAAAGAUAGACUACAAAUUGAUGCUCAAAGUCUUGGUGCUCUCCCAAGUAGCCUUGGUAAUAUGGGAGAUUUGGUCAAGUUGGAUUUGGCCUUCAAUUUUUUCUCAGGAGAAAUCCCCAAUGAAUUGCUUGUGGGGUGUAGCACUUUGCAAUAUUUGAGGUUAUCUAAUAAUAGAUUUAGUGGCCAAUUUUUCUCAUCUAAAUUCAACUUGAGUCAAUUGCAUCAAUUAGAAUUGAAUAACAAUGGAUUCACAGGAAGCCUAUUAGAUGUGAAGCUUGAGACGUUGGACAUAUUCGAUGUUAGCAACAACUACUUGAAGGGUCCGAUUCCCACUUGGGCUAGUCAGGUGGUCUUUUUAAUUUCAAUGAGGAAUAACUCUUUUGAAGGCCAAUUUCCAUGCCAACAGCCUAUGUCUGCCCUGUUGCUUUUUCUGGACCUUUCUCAUAAUUUUCUUUUUGGUCCUCUCCCUUCUUGCAUUGAUUUCACCACCAUCAUUGAGAUUCAUUUAGAGGGGAACAAGUUCACAGGAUUGUUGCAAGAUUUUCUUCCCAAUUCCUCAAGUAGUCUUUCUGUGUUGAAUCUCAGAGAUAACAGUUUGUUUGGCUGCAUUCCUGACCUGAUUGGUACGUUUCAAAAUCUGAAACUUCUUUUGUUGGGAAAAAAUCAUUUAAAGGGUUCAAUCCCAAAGAAAUUGUGUUUAUUGGAAAAUAUAAGUAUAAUGGACCUUUCUAGCAACUCAUUGUCUGGAACAAUACCCUCUUGUUUCCACAAUUUAACCUUUGGGGUGAUGGAGAACUAUGGUGAAACUCUUGUACAAGAUCAGUUACAAAUUUUGAAUGAGUUUAUUGAUGAAAAUCACAUAUAUGGAGAUCUUAUAAAGAAGAAUUUGGACCUUUACAUAGAUAUUGAGGCUACAGGAUUGAAUGAGAUUUAUCUAGUUGAUAAAAACAAGGGAAGCUCUUACAAGGGUAGUAUACUAAAUUUCAUGUCUGCUCUUGACAUGUCUUGUAAUGAUCUGACCGGAGAAAUCCCUCAAGAGCUCGGAAAGUUCACUCAGAUUCGUGCAUUAAAUUUAUCUCAUAAUCAAUUAAAGGGUUCUAUUCCAGUCACUUUGUCGAAACUAUCCAAUAUUGAAAGCUUGGACCUCUGCUGCAACAAUUUGAGUGGAAAUAUUCCUCCAGAGUUAACCAACCUGAACUUCUUAGAGGUCUUCAAUGUGUCAUAUAACAACUUAUCCGGCUAUAUUCCAAUGAAAGCACAGUUUUCAACAUUUGAGGAGAGCAGUUAUGAAGGAAAUCAAUUUCUUUUCAAGCUGCCAUUGGAGAAAUGCUGCAUCAAUAAUACUAAGAUACCACAUUUAGAAUCAUUGCCUUUGGAUGCAACUCAAGGGAACUGAUCUGAGAGCAACAAUGAAAGGCGUUACAUCUCCUCUAACCCUCUAUCGACCGUUGCAGAAUCAUCGCCUUCGGCUAACUCACCCUCUACCGGCGACUCAUCCCUCUUUCGAACUUGGAUCAAUAGCCAGAAGCCGAAAGUACCCACCCAGAUGAAGAUUUCGUCAUCCCUUCAGUUGCUAGUUGGAUUAAGAGUCAGAUCCGCAAGGUUAUGCACUUCCCAAAUGGCGAACGUGAUUCUGACGUCGAUCAAGUUUGUGAAAUCCUCAACGAAAGAGUACUCAUCGUAUGAUAAAGUUAUUGAAGCGCUAAAUGGGUGCGAGAGAUGGCAUGCUUCUAUUGGCCCGGGAUACCACGGGGAUACAGCAGAAUUCCAUCCUGAGGGAAUGGUCCCAUAUCAGUCAACAUUCAAAGUGCUGGUAAAGGAAUUUGGUGAAAGGAACGUGGUUGAAACAAAGCAAUGGAUUGAAAAUUUGAUGGUCCAGGCAGAAGAGAGGAAGCAGAGAGUCCUGGGUGUGUAAACAUAAAUGCUCGUGUUAAAUUAUCUUCAGCAUUUCAUUUAGAAUUCAAUACAUAUGAAAGGAAGGUUUAUUCCAUUUUCAUUUAUUUGGGAACAGAACCAUUCCCAAGAAUUCUAAAAUUGAAUACAUAUAUAAAAAGAAUAUCACAGU